AUGUCAUCGGACGGGCGAUACAUGUACCACCAUCCUUCUAACCCAAACAUCAGCUACGACUACUACCCCCCUCCUGUCACGUCGUAUGAGUCUCCUCCGCCUCCGCAACAAGUUCAAGCCCCGCCAAUGCGUGUCGGAAGGUCGACAUCGUCGUCCCAAUCGGCGUACUCGCCUCCUCAACCGACGCCCUCACAUUAUAAUCAGCCCCCUCCCCCCCCUCCUCCCCAGACAUCCUACACUCCACAGUCAUACACCCAACCAGUGUAUCCCCCUGCUCCAGGAUCGUCGUCGCAUCCACAUCACGCACAACAGCAGCAGCAGCAACAACAGCAACAUCAUCACCAGCAAAGUCAUCAGCCGGCCCCUUCUUCAACGCCAGCUCCUCAAUGGAGCAGCAAUCCUCACAAUGAAGGCUGGGGGAGUUACAAUCAGCCUUACGCCCCACCACCUCCGACGCACCCCGUUGAAUCCCACGUACCGACAUACGGUUCAUCAAGCUCAACCCGCGCCCUAGACCCUUCUCCGACCAGUUCUUCGUCGGCGGAACCGCCACGCGGAGGGUACUACUCUCAGAUUAACCAUAAUCCUAAUGCCCACGAGAGCCACAACAAUACACACGCCCCUCCAUCGGCUGCACCGACCGCCCCUCCUCUGUCAGGACCCUACGCGGAUAGUCAUUCGAGGCGUGUUAGUGAUCGCAUCUACCCUCCACCACCACCCUCUUCAAGUUCUUCGAGCUCGUUGGCUGCUGGAGUUCCGCCUCCCUCCUCUACUUCUUCAUCAUCCCUUGCUUCCCACCUCCACCAGUCUCACUCGUACCCGCCUGCCCCUCCACUUUCCCAUUCUCAUCAGCAUCAACAUCCACAGUCGCAACCUCGCCCUCCUCACCCCCAGGGCUUGCCUCCAGCACCAACCUCGAUUCCCCCGCCCAGUUCAUCGUCUCAACAUCAACCACCACCUCCUCCGCCUCCGCAAGGUUAUUCUCACUAUCAACACCCACAACCACCGCAGCCGCAACCGCAACCGCAAUCGGCACCUCCUCCUCCACGACCUCCCCCGAACAUCAGCCCGCACUAUCCUCCGCCGCCCCUGCCGCCGUCAAGUACAUACCAACCACUGAAGCGGGAGAAGGAAUCGCCUUCAACCCCAGCCCCUGCUCCACCCUCACAACCUAGUGCAGGAGCCAUCGAUUUCGCAAAGCUAUUGGAUUCGUACAGAGGUGUAAUGGAAGCCUGUGAUAUCUUCUCCAAAUCGACUCCCCAGCAGCCGAACUCGGGAUCCCCUUACACCAAUCCCCCACAGAUAUCUCUAGAUGCAUUGGAGAAGAUGUUGCAGCAGGCCAGCUAUGGUGCACAAAUGCUGGAGGCGGCUGCAAGUGCGGCUAAUGCCCAGCCGUCUCAACAGCAGUACUCUUCGCACCCCCCAGCGCCUCCCACGAUGCAUUCCCACCCGUCACAGAUGGGUCCUCCCCCGACGACACCUUCUAUAUCCACGUCUUCAUCGCUGAGCGGUGCAAACCCUCCCAUGCCAUCGGACAAUCGGCCUCCGUCUUCCCAUGCCAAUUCUACUCAAGUGCUCUCUGGGCCCGGUGGGACAGCAUCUGUGGCAAACCCACCCGCCUCAAACCCCACCACCAAUAUCCCACCGCCGUCAGCCACGUCUCGAACACGGACGCCCAAGAAAGAGAUCCUCCACCCCGGUCAAGGGCAGAUGCAGUUGGAAAUCAUUCAAUCCGACGGUGGGAAGGACGGUGCCUCUGGUUCCGCGAAUGGAUCGUCAGCUGGUGGUUCUGGGAAGAAAGGCAAACGAGAGGACGGAGAUAAUCAAGUCUGUCUCGGGUGUGGUGCGACUUCGACGCCUGAAUGGCGGCGCGGGCCGUUGGGUCCAAGAACGCUUUGCAACGCUUGUGGAUUGGUAUACGCCAAGAUGAUCAAAAAGCGCGCACGGGAGGCAAAUGGGAAUGGCAAGGCAGAACCCAAAACCCAUGCUUCCAACGCGCAACGACGGAUCGGCCAAGAGGGUGGACCCGAAUCGAACGACGGGGACAGCGAUUUUGGCUCCCGCGACGGGCGAAUGGACAACACCAACAACUCUAGGCCAUAG